AUGACUCUUUCUUUUAGAAAAAAGAACUUGGGUUUGAUUGAAGGAGUUAUCUAUUCAAAAGGUGCAACAGUGAAGGAGAUAGUUGAGAGAGGGUGGGAUGUUGGCAGUGGUGCCAGGGUGUGGAGAAGGCGUCUUUUAGCCUGGGAAGAGGAGUCAGUGUCGGAGUGUUUGUCCUUGUUGUGUGAUAUUGUUUUGCAGGUAUCUACUCUUGACAGAUGGUGGUGGGUGUUUGAUCCUAUUGGCGGGUACUCUGUCAAAGGGACAUAUAAGUACCUUACGCUUCCUACUACACAUGUGGAGACCGGUCUUUAUGAUGCAGCUUGGCUAAAACAAGUUUCGUUAAAGGUUUCUGUGUUCGUUUGGCGUCUUCUCUGCAACAGGCUCCCGACUAAAGAUAACCUCCUUCGCAGGAGAGCUCUUCACCAUGAUGACAUUUUUUGCGUGGGAGGGUGUGGCUGUCCUGAGACAUCACAUCAUCUCUUCUUUCGUUGUGAUACUUUUGGCCGCUUGUGGCUUCAUGUCUACCAGUGGCUCGACAUUUUGUUCAUACCUCUAGAUAUGGUUCGUGACAACCUCCAUCGGUUUGGUAAUUUAGCGGGAGCACCGCGUUCUACUCACACAUUUCUUCAGGUUAUUUGGCAUGCUUGUGUUUGGCUCAUUUGGAAGGAAACAAAUAGCAGGAUUUUUAAUCACAAAACCAAGGAAGUUGGUCUUUUGUUGGAUAGUGUUAAGUUAACAUCUUUUUUAUGGUUGAAAGCUAACAAGCUUACUUCCGCUUUCAGUUACACUGACCGGUGGCGGGACCCUCUUCUAUGUAUGGGUGCUAGAGAUUAG